UUCUAUGAUUCAACUCCCAUCAGCACUAAAGCAAGGAGCCUCGCUUGCUUUUUGAAAAUUCUGUUGUUGUACUUUUGCUGGGUGUCAGUGGAAGCCGCCUUGUGCAAUGCGGAGUUAACUUUUCCUCCCUUUGCAGGAGUUGGUGUGGAUGACAUGUUUAUCAUGAUUGCUUCCUGGGAACAAAGCUCAAGAAAGGCAGAAAAAUCGGACACUAAAUCUCGGCUGGCCGAGACUUACAGGGAAGCGGCGCUUUCUGUGACGAUCACCACUCUCACAGAUGUCUUGGCCUUCUUCAUUGGCACCUGGACUUCUUUUCCUUCUGUGAGAUCGUUCUGCCUCUAUACCGGCACUGCCUUUGUCUUCUGUUAUGUAUAUGUUAUUACCUUCUUUGGGGCAGUUAUCGUUUUAAAUCAUAAAAGGGUGAAAGGAAACCGACACUGGUUAACUUGUGUGCAAGUGAAAGUAGGAAAGAAGUCCUGCUUGUAUAACACGUGUUGUUUAGGCAGCUGUUCUAGUGAGUCGCCCGAGCCAGAAACCAGUGAGACAGAAAGUGAACAUCCAAUGAGCAUCUUCUUUAAAAAGUAUUAUGGUCCGUUCUUGACAGGCAAAUGGAUCAAGCUUCUUGUGGUGUUGCUGUAUGGAGCGUAUUUGGGUGGUAGUAUUUAUGGAUGCACUCAGAUGAGGGAGGGCAUAGAUCUUCGAAAUCUGGCUAGUGAUGACUCUUACGUUAUCCCGUUCUACAAUGACGAUGACAAAUACUUUUCCGAAUACGGACCCAGGGUCAUGGUUGUCAUUACUGACAGCGUAAAGUACUGGAAUGAGUCCGUUCGUAAUGACAUUGAGGCUUGCACACGGGAUUUAGAGAACAUUACCUAUGUCGACAAGAACCUCACACUGUCAUGGCUGAGAGUAUACGCAGGAAUUGCUGGAAACAGAUCAAUGAAUAUAAACAAUAAGGAUCAUUUCAUUAAUAACUUAUCUGUACUAUUCCAAUACUAUGCCAGUUUUGAGUGGGACGUUGACAAGACCGCAGAUGAAAUAGCAGCUUCACGUUUCUUCAUCCAGACGGUGAACGUCACCUCAGCCAUUGAUGAGAAGAAUCUGUUAAAUCAGUUAAGAGACAGAGCCAAGCAGUGCGUAGUUCCACUCCUGGUGUACCAUCCAGCCUUCAUCUACUACGAUCAAUACCUGGUAAUAGUGCAGAACACCAUUCAGAAUGUUGUCGUCGCUGCUGGGGCAAUGCUCGUUGUCUCUCUUGUGCUUAUUCCCAGCCCACUGUGUUGCUUGUGGGUGACUUUUGCUAUAGCUUCUGUCAUCGUUGGUGUUGCUGGUUUCAUGACAUUUUGGGACAUCAGCCUCGAUUCCAUAUCCAUGAUUAACCUAGUCAUUUGUAUAGGAUUUUCGGUAGAUUUUUCUGCACAUAUUUCCUACGCCUUUGUUACGAGUGGAGAGUCAUCAGCCAAUGAAAGGGCAAUAGGAGCUCUGCACCAGCUUGGUUACCCAGUGUUACAAGGAGCAGUAUCUACUGUGCUAGGAGUAGUUGUCCUGGCUGCAGCAAAAACCUACAUCUUCAGAACGUUUUUUAAGAUAAUGUUUCUUGUUAUUUUGUUUGGGGCUGUUCAUGGUCUUGUGUUUAUUCCUGUAUUUCUAACCUUUUUUGGAUACUUUGGCAAAACUGCAAUUCAAGACGUUAGGUUCAGAGAUAAUAAAGACUGCCCAUAAUUUAAAUGUAAGAUGUUAUUUAUUUAAUUUAUGUAGAUUAAAAUGCAGUGACUUCCAGAGAAUGUAAGAAAUGAAGGAUGGGAAAGAUAGAAUAUAUAAAUACAACAGAGAGGCAAAGGCUUAAGAAAAGCCAGGCAUUAACAGAAGAAAUGAAAGUGCACAGAGUGGAUUUACUCUUUGUCAUUUUUUGUGUGCUUGACUUUUGUAAUCUUUAAUAGUGUUAAAACUCUUUUUGUAAUUUGGUUACUGAAACACACAAAACCCACAGAGACGACAAACUGAUGAUCAUUUUACAUUCAGGGGCAUCUUUUCUUAGUGUGCAGUUUUCUUGCUAUGACUAACCAACAUGCAGCUUUAAGAAGAUUAACGAGUUUCUAUAGGGAUAUGCUGUAGAUGAUUGGCCUUAGGUGGACCUCCUGAGUAACCAUUGCACUAGAUAGCGUGCCAUGGCAUGACGCAGGAAGGACAGCCCAGAACCGGGCAGGAAUUAAAUUCUUGUGAUACCACAGGAAUUAUGUGAAUUCCAAGUGUGCCAAAGUAAUUUUCCUUGAGAUUUCUGUGCAGUUUUGCCAAGGGCAGCUCAGCAGAAUAUAUUCAUUGGUCCCAGCACUGCCAGGCCAGCCAAGUAGCCCCUGCCUCCUUCACUGCUGCUGGUUUCAGUAACACAGGGAAGCUGGUGUCCUGGAGAACAACAAAAGCAUCUGACAUCUCCCGGAGGAAUAAGGAAAGCAUUACAGGUGGAAGGGAGAUGUGUAAAUCUGAGCAGGUCAUCUUAUGCUCUUUUCAUUUCCAGUGGAGAAAAGCAAGACUUGUAGUUUCAAGUUCUCUGCCUGUUUCUGUGUACGGACUUCACUUGUCAUUCAUCGCCAUAAAAGUUCCUCUCUCUUAACUGACAUAAAAGGAGCUUUGAAACCUGGUUUAGGUGUGGAUCCCUGUGUUCUUAGUCAAAGGAACACAUCAGGCCCAGCCAAAACUUACGGAUGAGAUCCAGAUUUGAGUCCAUCAUUUCAGCAGGUUUCAUAUAUGCUGGGAUAUAUGCCCUGCCUUCCUACCAGGUACUCAAUCACUGUUUCAAGCCGUGACUUAGCAUUUCCACUACAGUCUCCCAGAUUUCACAUCCACAUCUCCAGCUUCUGAAGAGUUCCCUGGGGUUGCUUUACAUCACCACAGGAAGGCGAGGAAGCAAAGGGAAAGGAGAAGAGGAGAGGGCGGGCAGGUUUUGGCCCUGAAACAUGUAAAGCAAGCGAAACCAAAGAGCUGCUGGCUCCGGUCACAUCCUCAGCUAAGGUAGCCAUCAUGCAAAAAUGCCUUUCACAGUCUGCCCUGUGGUAAUUCUGAAGGCUUGGACUUCUUUUUUGCUUCUGACUACGUACCGACUUAAGAACGAACCUCUUUGCAAUAAACCUGCAUAAAUAAA